AUGUUCUUUGAGAUAUGAACUGCUCGGUUUUAAGUUGAAAAAGAUGGGACAGAUUAAUGGAAAAGUAAUGGGGAAAAUGGCGGAACGGUUUUUACAUAACAAUUUCCUCAAAGACUUGAAAAUGUCGAUCGACGAUCACGUACACCUAACACAGUUAACAUCCGAAUUGGGGUCCUUUUUCUUGGAUCUAUUUUUUAUUCAAUUUGCUACCAGCGGCUUGUGUAUCUGUGGAUCGGUUUAUUGCCUGGCAUUUGACAUCGGUGAAAAUAUAUUGGAGCGUGUUAUGUAUCUUGUCGUGUUUGUCUACUACAUUUCGGAACUAUUUAUGAUCACGUACUUUGGAAAUGAGAUUAUGUUGUCAAGCAAUCGUCUCUCAUACAGUUUAUUUGAAUCCGACUGGAUUGAGCAACCACAAUCAACCAUUAAAUGUGUACUAAUUUUUGGUGAAUAUUUGAAGAAACCACAGGAGCUUCUGAUUGGCAGAUUAUAUCCAUUAACUUUGGCUACAUUUACAAAGAUUUUAAAUUCAGCUUACAGCAUGUUCAACAUUUUGAAAAAUUUUAAAGAAUAAAGUUCUUUC